CGCAACUACUCAUGUCUAGUUGUUUACUGUCUGGCUAAACAUGGCCGUUGACAAACUCACUCAUAGCAGUUAGCCCUCGAUAACUCUUGACAAUUUUAAAUGUACAAGUCUUAAGUUGCUAAACAAUCUACUGCUCAGUUACAAAUUUAAUUGUCUUUUUACCUUGCUGUUGGUUUGGUUUUAAUCUCAUCUUCCUGCGACUCGUUAGCCGCUGAAGCUACGUAGCGAGCUAAAUUCUCCAUAGGGAACAAUGACAGCAACUUCUGCAGGUAGCAGCAGCUGCCUCACCGCUAAAGGACUGGACAUAAGUCUGGCUGCUCUGCAGCGGCAAGACCCAUACAUCAAUGACAUUGUGGACGUGGCCAGCCAAGUUGCCCUGUAUACUUAUAACAACAGGGCAAAUGAGUGGGAGAAGACAGAGGUGGAAGGCACCCUUUUUAUUUACACAAGACUGGCAUCUCCCAGGCACGGUUUCACCAUUAUGAACAGACUCAGUAUGGAGAACUUGACAGAGCCAAUUACCAAAGACCUGGAUUUCCAGCUCCAGCACCCUUUCCUGCUUUAUCGCAAUGCACGGUUGGUUAUCCAUGGCAUUUGGUUCUAUGAUAAGGAGGACUGUCAACGUAUUGCUCUGAGAAUGAAGAUCUUGACCCAGCAGGAGCAGACUCUGGCACAUUCUCAAGGUGGAUGGUUGUCCCCAGGAGGAGUACGUGGUGGAGGAGUAGGUGGUGUAAGAGUAGUUGGAGUACUUGAAGGAGGAGGAGCAGAAGGAGGAGGAAGAGGAGGAGUAGGAGGUGAAGGAGGAGGAGAAAGUGAAGCAAAGGCAGUGGACAUCAUUCAGAUGUUGACCAAAGCACACACAGAGUAUGACAAGUCUACAUCAGAGCCAAAGGAGAUUGGCGGCAGCAGUGUUAUUUAUGGAAACCCCAACCUGAUCAAACCAAUACCUGUUAAACUGAACACUCAGGACAGUGAAAGUGCUGAACCCAAGUCUCUCUCUCUUGCUACCCUUUUUGGCUCUCAACAUCAACAUCACCACUCAUCCAAACCUGACCCAGUCUCUCCUAUGGCUACUACUGGGACAGGGCCAUCACCGAGACAAGUCAAUCGCCCACCUGUAGCACGUUCGCUGAAAUAUGAUGAUUCAGAAAACUCUGGCAAUAGUGUGCCCUCCAAAGGAGGGAACAUCAACAUUGUUGGGUGUUCAGUUAGAGGGCCUAGGGCCGUGAUUGGAGGACAAAUAGUCGGAGAACAUGGUGAAAAUGUUGUUGUGGGCUUGCUGCCAUGUCCCACUACCACCCAUCGGCAGCAGCAGAACCAACCCCAGCACUGCCCAGCCAUCCAGAAGCUCAUGCAGGGGCAGAGUGGAGUAGGGGUCGUCGGAGGGGUGCUUCAGACCCUGUCCGAGUCCCCCGAGAACAGGUUGUGUGACAACGGGGUGCCGCUGGAGCAUCACCACCACCAUCACCAUCUGUACCAUCAUCAUCAGCAGCAGCACCACCACCUUCAUCAUUAUCAACAGCAACAGCUUCAGGCUGACCCAAUCAGGAACCUUUUCCAAACCAAGCCACCUCUUCUCCCAUCCAACCCUUCGCCUCUGCAGCAGAACCCCCAUCUCUCCUCUCAGCCCGUAAUGGUGGAUUCUGGGUCAUGUUCGCACCUUCAAGCACAACAAAGCCAACAGAUGUUUUUCAGCCUACCUAAACCUCAACCAGAAGCACAGCACAACUGCCAUUCAGCUUUACCUAUACAGGGAACAGUUCUGUCUUCCCCGAUGUCUGGUGUGGUGUCACCUCAUGAGCUCCUUCAAAAGCUCCAGCUGGUUCAGCAGGAACAAAGCCUGGCUUCCCAUGACCCCCCUCACCUCUGUCCAGGACUGGCACCUCGAUUCCUGGGGCCCACUCAAGGGCAAGGUGCCGGCUCAGUUGUAAGCCCAGUCCCAACAAGGACCACAGGUACUGCUGGUCAAAAGGCUGCGCUGCAGUUUCAGAUCAUCUCCCCCCAGCGGAUACCUGCCACUGUGGCCCCCAACCUGCUCCUCUCUCCCAGUGUGUUCACUCAGGCAAAGUCUAGUGGCGGGUUGUCAGUAGUUUCCCAGGAGAGCUGCCCUGCCCCCUCAACCCUGUCCAGACCCCCACUGCAGCAGGAGAUCAGAGUUCUUUCCAGAAGCCAGCUUCAAGCCACACUGCUGCAUCUAAUCCAGACUGACAGCUCAUUCCUGGACAGCAUCUACGAAGCCUACAUCAGCCGGUUCGCUAAUGACUCCAGCAUCAAGUACUGAUGACUCUUCACACUCUCGGUCUAUUCAUGCACCUUCUCUUGGGCUGUGAGGCUCAUUCUUCGACACCUCAGACGGAUGUACCAUUUCCUCUUCUGAAUCCAAUCAGACACACCUCUCUUUAUCUCCUCUGCACAACAUAGCCAGUCAACCUGACUCUUCCCCUUUAAACCAAGUUUUUCUAGUCACAACA